GCUCUGAGCUUCAAUGCGCCCUAACCAUCAUUUCCCCUCAUCACUUGCCAUUCAACAUAUCUGCCCUAAAUAAAACACUACUUGAAUCCAGCCCGAUAUAGGUAAAUCAACAUGACGGUUUAUUGCGCACUAUGCAACAGGUCGUUUAAUGGACAGAGAGAGCUCGAUCAACAUGUCCGAGAUUCUUCCGCACACAAGAAGCUGAAAGUACAGCUGCCGCGUGUCAAGCAGCAGAAACAGGUGGCUUCUAAUCAAGUUCAAUCGGCAAAGGCACAAGCACUCAGCAUUCAUACCUCAACUAAACGUCAACGCGGACAGCCGCCAAUCACAACUGCAUCCAGUUUCAGCACUUCCAACAUAACAAGACCUGUCAUCGCGAACAACCCUCGAGUUGUGAAUUCAUCAUGGUCUGUGGUGGCGGAGUCAGAAUACACGACAGUGCUCAACGAGUUAUCUACACAUUGUCAUUCGCCCAUGGACCUCAAAGAAAAUGGUUAUAUUCUAGAUCCAUUCAACCCGCUUGAUUAUGUCAAUUCACGGAAAUGCACACGAUGCAAUAGCCAAGAAACAAAUGCAAUUGGCCGAGAGUGUAACUUCCAUCCAAGAAAACGAAAUAAAUGGAUUGAAAAGAAGCCAUAUAAAUGUUGCGGAACCAAGGGAAAAGGCUGUAGAACAUCACCAACACAUGAUUUCCAACUGUCUCUACGGGCGAUUAAGCACAAAGACUUCCGAAAAACACCAGCUGCUUCUGGAGAGCCGAAGUUUCGUGCGGUAACAGUGGACUGUGAGAUGGCAGGGACUUCUGGAGGAACGGGUGAAGUCGUCAUGCUUUGUGUUAUCGAUUAUAUUACUGGCGCGGUACUUCUCCAUCGAUUUGUGUGCCCGAGAGAGAAAAUAACCCAAAUGCGGUCUUCAAUUCACGGUAUAUCGAAAUCUACACUUGAUAAUGCGAAUUUGCAAGGACAGGCGUUAUCUGGCUGGGAGGGAGCUCGGUCAGAACUGUGGAAAUAUAUUGAUGAUCACACUAUCCUUGUUGGUCAUGCAUUACAGCACGACUUGGAUGCUCUACGGAUAAUUCAUCCCCGCAUUGUGGAUUCUGGGAUCUUGUCGAGAAAUGCGGUUGGAAUUCGUCGCAUUCAAUGGGGAUUGCAAACACUAUGCUCUGAGCUUCUUAAUAUAAAAAUCAGGAAUAAAAAGGGGGGGAUUCACGAUUGUUUCGAGGAUGUUUUAGCCACAAGGGAUGUUGUGUUAUCUUGCACUCGCGAUAAAAGAGCAUUUCAGACCUGGGCUGAAAGGAAGAGAAGCGAGGAGUUACACUUACAGAAAGAGAGAGAGAGAAUGCGGCAAGAGAAGGAAGAUGAACGAGCUCGGAAAGACCUAUUAAGGGUCGGCGGCGAAAGCAGCAAUCGUAUCUGUCUGAGCCCAAACGACGAGGACGAAGAAAUUCUGCGUUGGUCUGACAUUGCAGAGGAUUUGGGAUGGCCACACCCUGAUACCGGAUAUGACCCUUGGUCCGAUUAGGCCGAGUCAGGUCAAGGUACAGCUCCAGGCUGAAAAGAUAACUCUAUUCACUUUGUAGCACGGUCUUAGACAUUAGGCUGGUAAAAACUAAUUAUUACUUUAAUGAAUAUUUACCA